GCGGUGAAGCUGCGACAAAAAGAAAGAAAAGGAGAUUACCUUCUACCAACCCCUCCCCCUGUCUCGCUUCUUCGUUCCUUCCUUCCACCCCAAUCUUGUCCAACCCCCCAAUCUCACGAUCUCCUCUCCUCUCUCCGCUUGAUGGUCAAAAUAUAUCUGGACCCACCCUCACCCCGUUCAUCAAAGUUCAACUAGAAACAAGCCUUCUUUCUCCUCUCUUUGUUUACUAUAUAUAUUAUUUAUAUAGAAGACCCAGACAAUUCUGCACCCCAGAUCCGAUAGCAAAUCCAAGAUCAUUCUUAUUUGUUCUUAAAUUUGUGAAUUCUGAGGUCAGGAUGAAAGAUAUGUUUGAAGAUAAGAAAGGUAUAAUUGCGAGUUUCCACCAGAAGAGUCAGAAUCCGCUGCAGCAGCGGAAGAGAGAAUGCGUUUCCGAUGAAGUCAACAGCAAGAGCAGCGGGGAGUCCAAGAGGAAGAAGAUGGAGAACCGUGACAAGGCUCUGGUGGUCGCCGGCAGCGGUGGCGGAGAUGGGGCCAGCAUCGAGGUGGUGAAGCGGCCGCGCGGCCGCCCGCCCGGGUCCAAGAACAAGCCCAAGCCCCCGGUGAUCAUUACCCGGGAGGCGGAGCCGUCGGCCGCGAUGCGUCCCCACGUGCUCGAGAUCCCCGGCGGGCACGACGUGGUGGACUCGCUCGCCCGGUUCGCACGCUUGCGGAACCUCGGGAUUUGCGUCUUCUCCGGCACGGGCGCCGUCGCCAACGUCGCUCUCCGCCAGCCCUCCGUCCCCGCGCCGCCGCCACACGGGGCGGUGCCGCCUGCGGGGGCGACCAUCGGGUUCCACGGCCCGUUCGAGAUCCUGUCCAUCUCCGCCACCUUCCUCCCGCCGGCGAUGGCGGCGCUGUCCCCGGCCUCCGCCGCUGCGAGCCUGUCGAUUUCUUUGGCGGGGCCGCAGGGGCAGAUCGUCGGGGGGACAGUGGCAGGGCCGCUGUUGGCGGUGGGGACGGUGGUGGUGGUGGCGGCGGCGUUCUCCAACCCGACCUUCCACCGGCUGCCGGUGGAGGACGACGUAUCGAUCUCCGUCUCCGUCUCCGGAGGAAACGGCGGCCGCAGCGGCCGCGAAGUGGAGGAGCACGAGCGGCACGUGCAUCAGGAGCAACACGAACAGCGGCGCCCCCACGCUCCGCCGCAGGCGGCGGCCCACGCCGUGGUGCCGGCGGCCGAGUCGUGCGGCAUGUCUAUUUACAGCUGCCACCUUCCUUCGGAGGUCAUUUGGGCUCCGACCGCGCGCCCACCGCCUUACUAAUUCUAGUAGCUCUCUCUGUUAUCAUCUCCUUCUCUUUGAUGUAAAAUUUUCUGUUCUUUGUUUUUAGAUUAUUAAACUCUUUUAAGUAUAUCGUUAUGUAAUUGCCUAGCUUGCCGGUUUGGUUUUCUUAUAGUUACACUGUAGGCAUUGUGUUAAACUUGAAGCAAGAGGACUUCAGCUUUAAAUCCUC